AUGUUAUUCAUUCUCUCAUGUUCACCACUAGAACCCGUACAGGCACAAUAUGAUUCGAUCAAGGAAUUUGUGAGCGAUAUUACCGUGUCGUCUUUUGAUGACUGUAUGCUAAAAAUUAAGGAAAAUAUUACAGCCUAUACCUCGGUGUUCGGAGUCACCACAUUUGAGAGAGUCAUUCCGACGACUGAUUUUCCAACGAAGUAUUCAUGGAUCAAAUCCGUGUCAGCCUCUAUUUCUGCGGUUCCUCCUGUUGGCUUCAAAGUGAACGGACUCAAAAUUUACCAAACAGAUGUGACCUCAAAAGCUUCGAGCCAGUCCAUUUUGCUGAGCUUUUCUGCACUGGAUAGUCUUCCAAAGAAUACUCUCAUCGCCAUUAAUCUGCAAUAUCAACUUUUAGGUCCAGUCGGAUUUUUCAAGAACUCAUCCGGUUUUGAGCAUACCAUCCUUCGAAUGCCUCAUCAAUUUAGCAUACCAGUACAGUCCAUCAAUGUGACGUAUCACCAUGAAAAUACUCUCUCAUCAACGGCCAUUCUUCCCUUCCAACAAUCCAACACACAAACAUUGCCCCAAACGUCGAUUCAAGCACCCUCCAAUACCUCCCUUUUCUUUUCAACCUCUUUAGCUUCGAAUGAGUUAUGGUUGACAGGUUUUGUUUUUGAUGCCACCUCGUAUCAUAUGUGUUACAUUCCUUACAAUUUGAUGGAGGGAUGGGUAGUGGGAGCGAUUAUUGGUUCAUGUUUGGCCAUUCCAGCUGUCUUUCUAGUUCUGUGUGGCACCAUCUCAAUUAUUCGACAUUUCACUGUGGACAGGAACAAGAAAAACACUCUAUUAGCGGAGCAUCAGGUGUAA